CAAUGAUGAAAAUUACUCUUACACCGGUUAAUCGAAGAUGGCUGCGCCCCGGAUGAUUCUGCAGAAUGACUUCAACUUGGCUCUAAGGGAACCCGAUGGUAGGGCUUGGAUCACGUUUAAAUGCACAGGUCAGGAGUCUGUGCACAGUCAUUUGAGAGCCACUGGUUUGUCAGAAACAGGUCCUGUUGUUACUGGUAGUGAUGGAUUCUCAGUUCAACAGCUAGGAGAUCGAUCAAUAUCUGUGAUUUAUGAAAAUGAUGAUACCUGUAUGACAAGGCAUUUUAUUGCCCCAGCAGCUACCUACACUUCAAUUCAUAACCAACGGAAGUCGAUCCACUGCCUAGAUGUGAGCCCAGGGGGGCUGGGGGUCUCCACGGAUACUCAGGGCUUGCUGAAGGUGUGGGAGACGCAAUCUGGCGAUGUCAGGAGACAGCUGGAUGGUCAUUUUGGUGACGUGUACACUUGCCGAUUCUUUCCAUCGGGAGUGGUCAUAUUGACGGGCGGUGCUGACAUGCAGCUGAAGGUUUGGUCAGCUGAGACUGGUCAGUGUGCGACCACCAUGAAGGGCCAUCUUGCAGGAAUAUUGGACACGGCCAUAGUAGACCGUGGUCGCAACAUCGUGUCGUGUGGACGAGAUGGAACAGCCAGACUAUGGGACUGUGGUUCCCAGCAAUGCCUCGGGACCAUAGAAACGGGCGGGGGCAAUGUCAACUGUUGUGCCCUACAGUCUGUAUGUGACGAUAUAAACUUGGGAUCACCAGUGAUUGCUGCUUCUGAUAAGGAGGUGGGGACCCAGGACAAACUGUUGGCCUUGGGUUGUGAUGGGCGAGCACUUCAGGGAUACGGUCUCCACAGUCGAACUAAGGUUUUUGACCUAGAUUGCCACGAUGCCGUCAACACCUGUGCCUUCAUCUCUGAGAUGUGUCUGGUUUGUGGUACACAGGAUGGUCACAUCACUGUCACAGAUAUUCGUAAUGUCAGAGUGCCACUAAAAGAAUGGAAGGAGAGCAGGAAUGCAAUCUUGUCCAUGUGUCCUUAUAAGGGAGGAUUUUUCACCAGUACAGGUGACGGGUCCUGUUUCUAUGUGAACAAAAACCACGAUACCAUUCUGGAGCUAUGUGGUUCAGACUGUGACCCCGUCUACAGAACAGUGACAGAUGGACGCUUCAUAUAUACCGGGUGCCGCGAUAGCAACAUACGUAAAUAUUCAUUGAAGGAUAUUUCUGAUUGUGUUAUUUCUACAACAUGACAUUGGAUUACAUUAUAAAUAUGGACAUUUUGAAACCGAAUCAACAACUGAAAACUACUUGAAAUAUAGACUGAGUAAAGAUUAGACUGUGAAAAACAAACAUUGUGCUAAUUCAGUACAAGUUAUUUUUUUGUUUAACGAAUAAAAUUUACAGAAACAAAA